GCUGCCUGGCCGCGCGGGCCGCCUGCCGUGCCGUGCCGUGCCGUGCCGUGCCGGGACGGAGGCGCGAGAAGCCCGAGGCCGCCUCAGGCGGAGUCCGCGCUGGGCGGGCGGGCGGGGGCGCCGAAGGCCGGUGCUUCCGCGGGCAAAGCCGGCGCUCUGCCGCCCGGGCGCCCCUCCGGGGCCUGGCUGCGGGAAGGGCGCGGCGGCCAAGGCGAUCCCGGCGCCCACAGCCGGGCCACUGGGCGGGGAGGAGGAAAAGCGCCUCCCGGCUGUGCCGUCCUGGUUUCCCAGCGAGGUCAACGGAAGGCGCCAGAGGCGGGCCAGCCAAGAUAUCACUGGGGACAUCUAUUACUUCAACUUUGCCAAUGGUCAGUCAACAUGGGACCACCCAUGUGAUGAGCAUUACCGACAGCUUGUGCUCCAGGAGAGGGAGAAGCUUUUGGAACAGGGAGAAGGCUUCAAGAAGAAAGACUACAAGAAGAAGAAGAAAGAAAAGAAAGAAAAAAAGGAAAAGAAAGAGAGAGACCUCCUGAAACGGCCAGCGUCUCCAGGUUCUGUACUUAAUCCUGUUCAGGCUCCCCCAGGGAGUCUAGCGCCUUUACGUAGCUUUGCAGAUGCUCCGUCUAGUGCAGUCCAUGACUUGCUAAGUUCCAAUGGGAGAAGCUCAGGGGAACCCAGGCUGCAGGGGCCAGCAACUGCAGUGCUCUCCCAGACCCUCAGACCUGCCAGCUGCAGGAAUGAUCUCUUAGGCUCCAUUGAAGAGGCAGCAUCAUUGAACCAACUGAUCCUUGAUGGGACAGAGAAGGAAGAAGGCAGCAGUGAGCAUCUCCGUGGGACAAUGGGACUUCUCAAGAACCUGCAUAUGGAUUUUAGCGCUCUUGGCACCAGCUUUGACAAUGAGGCUUCUGAAGGCAGUAGUCGCAUGAAUGAGUGGCAGGUGUCGGACCAGGUGGACCCUGAGCCCAAUGAUACUGAGAUUCCAGUCUUGGAGGAUGUCUUGGAUAAGGAUGUGUUUCCUCCAGCUGUGGGCAGUACUAAGUUUGGGGUGAGCAGAGCCGUGGUGGAAAGAACGUGGGAAGAGGCGGCUGAUGGGUCGUUGGCACAGGAGAAAGACAAAAGCAAAGAGGAGCAAAGUGCAGGAGGCCGAGGACAGGUGGAAGCAGAUGAGCGUGAGAGAAGUGAAAACCGUUCCAGUGCUCGUGAAACUGUUGAAGAAAACUAUCCCAGCAUGGAGAAGAUGGGCUUGGUAGACACUGGUAUCCGGGAGGAGGAUGAGGAGGAAAGAAGAACUGUAAAUGGGGGGAAGGACACCAAGGAGCCCGACACGCCUUGCCAGGAGGAGUUUAGGGCUGCAGUUAGGGAAACCGAGCCUUGCAAACAACAUUCUGGGGACUCCCGGGAGGAAAUUUUCAAGGAAGAACAGGAGGCAAUGGAGCAGUUAAAAAUACACCUGCGACAAGAGAAAGAGGCUCAAGUCCGGCACAUCCAGAGAGAGCUGCAGCGGGAACAGGAGGAGGAGGUUCAGCUGCUCCGCCAGCAAAAAGAGGGCUUCCUCAGGUCACUGAAAACAGAGUUGGAGAAGACUAGGCAAGAGGAGGAGCUGCGCUUGAGGGAGGAGUUGCAAGACAAACUCCUGAAGUUGCAGAUCCAGAUCCAAUCUGAACUGGAAGCAGAGAAGGAGAAACUCAGGCUGGAGCAGGAGGCUGCCCUGCACAACCUCAGGGAGGAUCUGGAAUUGUUGCAACAGUCGGAGGAGGAGGAGUUUCAGAAGCAGAAGCAGUUUGCUCUAGAGAAAAUGAAGGUGGAAGCAGAAGCUCUUCAGCAGGCAGAACUGGAAAAGCUGGAGCAAGAGAAUGUGAGAGCCAUGGGCGAGAUGAAGGAGAGACUGCAGAGGGAAAAGGAAGCGGCUAUGGAGGAACUGAAGAAGCAGUUUGCAGCUGAGAUCCAGCAGCAGAAAUCUACAGCCAUAGCAGAGCACCACAAGGUUGUCUCAAGCCCCCAACGGGAGAUCACAGAGGUGCCCAGAAGGCAGGAUGCUGAGCUGCAGGUGGAUUUGGAAAGCACAGAGCAGAAAGCCCAAAGGAAGAGUUGCCAAGUAGCUGAAUACGAGCAAGAGCUUAGCUACCUCUUGAGGGAGAAACGGCAGGAAGUUGAACAAGACCAUGCAAGGAGGAUGGAGAGAACGAGGGAGGCACACCAAGAGUCCCUGGCUAGGAUCCAGCAGCAAUACGAGGAUGAGGAGAGGAAGCGGCGGGAGGAGCUGCUGGUGGCCCUGAGAAGUGAGCACCAACGCCUUGCAGUGCUCCAUGAGGCAGAGCUCGAAGCUUUGCAGAAGAAGCAGGUGGAGCAGCUGAAGGACUUGCAAAAGAGCCACCAGGAGCAGGAAGAGGUUUUAAAGAAGAAAAAGCAGGAAGCGCUUGAUGAAGGGAAGCAACUGGAACAAAAAAUAAACGAAGCAGCUUUGACAGCUCAGCUCCACAUUGCGGAGUCCCAAAGAGAGCAGGAGGAUCUAAAAGAGGCUGUGCAACAGCUGCGUCGCACUCUGCUGGUGCUGCAGGAGCAGAAGGCAGAGCUGGAGUCGCAGGUGGAGCAGCUGCACUUGCAGAGGCAGCGGCUGCAAAUGCAGGUCAGUGAGCUGGAGGCUGCAUGCAAGAGCAAUCAGGAGCUGCUGAAGGAGCUGGAAGCGCAAAGAAGUGAUGCAUCUCCAAGGAAAGCGGAAGAAGACCUCCGAGUGGAAGACCUGCGAGAGAGUGGUGCAGUGCCUUCCCCCAGAGAGAUGGCAUCUGAAACUACACAGAGCAACGAAGAAACCAGCCUCAUUCUGGAGCAGGUUCGUCAUUACAUUUCUGCCGAAGGAGCUUCCAUAAAGAAUGCCAAGGAGUUCUUGGUGCAUCAGACCCGUUCCAUGCGGAAAAGGCAAACCACCCUGAGAGCGGUUAAACAGCACUGGCGCCAUGACCUGCAAAGGGCGCAAGAAGCCAUGCAAGAUCCAAGCCGUUCCCAGGUUCUGGAGGGUGUGCGUAGGAACCUGGAGGAAGAAGCGAAGCAGUUGGAUGAAAUGAAGUCUGCCAUGAGGAGGGGGCAAGCUCUGCUGAAGAAGAAGGAGGAGAAGCUCGGCCAGCUGGAAUCAUCCUUGCUGGAAGAGCUCUCUGAGGAAGAUACGCUACAGGGAACAGCAUGCAAGAAGGUGGUGACCUUCGACAUCAGCGACUCCGAAGACUCGUGUAGUAGGGGGAGGAAAGCAGAGGAGCCUCUCCGCAGAACAAUUGACUUGAAACCAGACCUGCAGUUUCCCCACUCUGACAAGAUCCAGUACUUGACUGAGUCCCUGCGGCGCAUCACCCAUGACUUGGACAGUGUCCUCAGCCUUCUGAGCACCUUCAGCAACCAGCAGCCCUCUCACUCCACUCCCCCCCAGGGACCACUGCCCCCACUGCUGCCGAGGGAUGGCAUUCCUCUGGCUGCCUACCUCUCCCUGGCGCGUGCCCAUUCUACCACACCAUUGGGACCUUCUGCUGGGCCCCCUUUGACUCGCCAGUGGCCCUGGAGUGCUGGCUUGGGUCCCAGGCUUGCAACAUCUACUGGUCAGGCUGUGGACAGCAUGUUGGCAGAGAAGUGGUGCAAGUAUUUCCCAGGUGGCUUCUCCUUGCCCUGCAGAACUCCCGGCUCUCUGGAUGGCAAGCUGGGUUGUAUGGCAUCUGGCGAGCAAGUUUGCCUGUUCCAGCAGCGCCAUUUCCAGGCCCAUGAGACGGAAAAGCCGAAUAUCCAGGGUAUGAUUGAAGCCAACAAGAAAUGGCUGGAAAGUUUCAGGCACGAUUCCAGAGUCCCUCUCUUGCCAAGCUCACCAAAGUCAGCAGCCAGCCCCGCUGGCCCUGUGCAGCUUGGCUUGGAUGACAGCAACCAAAUCAAGGUCUUCCACUUCUAAACCAUGGCUGCGGAGCAGGGAAAAUGGCUGGAGAGUUUCUGGCCUUGUCACAAUUCCCAGGCCUGCCCUACUUAACAGCCAAAUCUUGAUGACGUUGUUGAGAAUACACGGCAUCAUCUCUGUUCCUGCAGCCUCUGUGCAUGGUUUGGUUUUAUCCCCAAAGAACACCAGUCCUGAAUCCCCAAGAAACAGAGCCGGAAGGCUAAUCCUAACUCUGUGGCAAAUACACAGGUUAGUGCGUAUGCGAGUUGAUGGCUGUACCAACCCGCAGUUUAGAAGGCGAGUCAGCCCAGGGAGGGAAGUCAGUCACUCCAUCAGGGGUGGGGGUGAGUUCCAGGUGGAAGGUGCCCGUUGGCACAAUCAGCGGAAUAGCUGAGCCAAGCAGACAGCUCAGGACUUCUGAGAAUUUGACAGAAUUCAGGUUUGAAUACUAUGGCAGAAUGUUCUGUCAGUUUGCCCAGAGGCCAGCUAUCUCAGAAGAAACAUUUCUCUGCCCUCGUUCUGAUUUACGGGAUAGAAACUGCAAAGGGGAACCAUGAGCCACUUAAGAUCGUUAUUUCUCUUCUCCAGUCGCUGCCCUGUCCUCGCUCCCCCCCACCCCCCUUCAGCCAGGCACAUCUGCCGCUUGAGUGAUAGAUGGCUGCUCUUAGCUUCUCCCAGCAGUUUCUGUGGCUGUGAAGGGCAGAACCAGGCUUCCCCCGCCCCGUCCAUGUUGGAGGGCAUAUCACCAUAAAAUCGCCCCAAAUGCUCGGUCUUCUUAGAUUUGGGGGAGGUGUUCUCAGGGCUGGGCUUUGCGUUUGCCGUGAGGUAAGACCUGGUGAUUCUACAGCAGCAGCAGCAGCAGCAGCAGCAGAGAUUGCUCUUCCAGUGCUGUUGGAGACUCUGUAGUUGUGUUCCUCGCACGUCACCCACUCAGAUGAUACCGAAGGCUGAUGCUUGCCUGGUGGCACUGCCAGUUGGGAUGGAAGAGCAAAAGAGAGAUUGCGGAGCAUGUUCCUUUUCAGGCCCUCAUGCUGAAUGGAGGCACAGUCCUUCCUGAAGCUUCCUCUGUUGAGUCAAGUUUCGAGCAUUUUCCUUCUUUGCUGGAUGCUACCACAACCAAUGGGCACAUAUACCUAAUCUUAUUCUGGAUGGGGUGACCAGUCCUGGGUGAUCUAGCAUCCCCUAGAGGUUGGGCUGCCAGAGUGCCCAUGCUUGGUGCCCGGUUCUGACCCAGCUUCCUGCAGCUCUCCUUGCUGGCAGUCGGGCGUUCUGGAGUGGAGAUCACGGCUGUCCGUUGGGCCGAGCAGCUGCCCUCCUGUGUGUUCAGCCACCCCUUUCUGGGGCAUAUUUGAACAGUAGGACAGGGUGAUAUUUUUGGCAUGUGUCAAAGUGUAUCUUUCUAUAAAAAGCUUUUCAUCUUUGUAUACCAAUUAAAUCAACGGUUUUGCAUAA